UGAAAAUGCACAAGGUCAAGGUUGUUUUCUGCAUUUAACGUCUGAAACGCAACAUGUCUGGAGAAUUUGAAAGCGUUGAAAAGUCGCUGGAAAAGCAUCUUCCACCACAAGAAUUAGCUGAAGUGAGGAGAAUUCUAUAUGGAAAGGAGUUAAGGGCAUUAGAUUUUUCUUCAGAGGUUAAAAAUCUUGCAGACAAGAAGAACUUUGAGCUGAAGGGCUAUGCAUUCACAGCAGCUGAGGAGAGCAUGCGCCCACCAAGAAUUGUCCGAGUUGGACUGAUUCAGAACCAGAUAGUCUUACCGACCACUGCACCAAUCCCACAACAGAUUGAGUCCCUCCAUAACAGAAUAUCUGAGAUAAUUGAAGUGGCAGCACAAUGUGGAGUCAAUGUGAUUUGUACUCAGGAAGCAUGGACUAUGCCUUUUGCAUUUUGCACACGAGAGAAGCAUCCUUGGUGUGAUUUUGCGGAACCUGCAGAAACAGGAGCAACAACAAAAUUGAUGCAAGAGUUGGCCAAAAAACACAACAUGGUAAUUGUGUCCUCGAUCUUAGAACGUGAUGAAGAGCAUGGGGAUGUUUUAGCCAAUACUGCAGUCGUAAUUUCCAACACUGGCAAAUACCUUGGAAAAUCAAGGAAAAACCACAUACCUCGUAUUGGGGAUUUUAAUGAGUCUACUUACUACAUGGAGGGAAAUACAGGGCACAAAGUGUUUCAGACACAGUUUGGAAGAAUUGCUAUUAAUAUCUGCUUUGGUCGUCACCAUCCCCAGAACUGGAUGAUGUAUGGAGUUAAUGGAGCAGAAAUUGUCUUCAAUCCCUCGGCAACUGUUGGAGCUCUAAGUGAACCCAUGUGGCCUAUUGAAGCCAGGUGUGCUGCUAUUGCAAACAGUUACUUCACCUGUGCCAUCAACAGAGUGGGAACAGAGUUGUUUCCCAAUGAGUUUUCCUCUGGUGAUGGAAAACCAGCCCAUAAAGAUUUUGGCCACUUCUAUGGAUCUAGCUAUGCUGCAGCACCUGAUGGAAGUAGAACACCAGGCUUAUCCAGGACUAGAGAUGGACUGUUAGUAGCAGAGAUGGACCUCAACCUUUGUCGUCAGAUCAAGGACAAAUGGUGUUUCAGAAUGACACAAAGAUUAGAUCUAUAUGCAGAGUCUCUGUCUAAAGCAGUGCAGCCUGAUUUCCAACCUGACAUUGUGACUGAGAAGUAAAAUGUACCUGUGACUGAUGAGACAGAGGUCCUUUCCAAUCCUAUGUGAAUAUGGAACUAAAGUGCCUGGUUAGAAAAUUGAUCAGAAAAAGGAUUAAAAAUCAAGCAAAUCAAGAAACUGAAACCCAAAUUAUUUUAAUUAGUAAAUGUCAGUUUUGUAGAGAUGAUUAUAUCCUGGAUAAUUAUAGUGCUUAUUCUCUUGUUACUCUUGUAAAGUAUAGAUUAUAUUCUUGAAUCAUAUAAGAAUAUUGGUUACAGAAUUAUGUGUGAAAUGAGGUCUUAAUUCUAGUAAAUUUACAGAUUUUGCAAAUUUUGAGAUUGCUUUAGGGAGUAGGGUUCUAGAUUAUAUUUGGUGACAUUGGUCUUGGAUGUGAUUUAUAUGUUGAUUAUCUGUUCAUUUUACAUUGUACAAUUUUCAAGUGACAAACUAUUAUUGUUAAAAAAUUUUAGAAUCAUUUAUGCCUAUAGUAUAUAUUUAGAUUUUCUCCCUUACUCAGUUACUUGUAACUUUACAAAUAGUUAGUGUACUACUGUAUAUUGUUUUUACUGUUUUAUUAUCAAUACAGUUUUCUGCAAGUUAUUUUGAUAUAAUUUUAGAAAGUACCUGUGAAUUUGUAUGUAUUUUUUGCCAGCGUGUUAGAUCUAGUCCUUUUUUCAGUGCAGACGUUUUUAGUGCUGUUUGCAUUGACAAAAAAAAAAUGUGUUUAGCAUAAUACAAAGAUUGAGAAUAUAUUUAACACAUUAUAUAUGUCCUGAUAUACACAUUAUUAUCAAUAAAUGUCAAGGGAAAUGUUUCCAUUAUCA